AUGAAUCUCAAAUAUCUAAAUUUAAAAGAACCCAUCAGCAACCAAACCGACGUCGCACUGAAGCCAACGAAGCAACUCAUUCAGACAGAAUUCAAGGACAAGAACAUGGUCUACUCACCGCUAUCUAUCCACAUCGUCCCGAGCUUAAUAGCCUCCCUAAACCCUAGCAGUCAUUCCCACACUACUAGAAAUUUCCCCAAUAGCACCCCUUCAAUAGCCACCACACAUCUAUCAAGAGGAUGCCCUGAAGACUUCAAGGCCGACACGUAUAAAUACGACCCCCGAAGUUUCUCCAUGUUCUGGUUACUUCCGGAUGCAAGAGAUUGGCUGCCGGCUCUGGUUGAGAGAGUCCGGUCCGAGCUGGGAUUUCUAGAUCACCAUCUUAAUGGUUGCAGGCGUGUUGGGGUUGGGAAAUUCUUGAUCCCAAAGUUUAAGAUGUCUUCCGGGUUUGAAGCUUCGAGUGCUAUGAAGAAACUAGGGCGUUGUGAUUUAAUGGCCAUAUUUCAUGAGGCUGUAAUAGAAGUCGAUGAAAAUGGCACAACAGCUGCAGCUGCUACUUGUGCUCGUAGGUAUUUUGGCGAUGGUGAGGUCUCUAAGGGCCCAUUUGGGAUUGCUUAGCUUUUAAAAAAAUCAGC